AUAUGGAAUACUUCACUUGACACAUUUAGAUUACCUCACACUGUAGGCUUAGCUGGGAAGUACAUGCAUGGCCUUAUGGAACAUCCGUCUGACAACCCUGUGGGCGUGGCCUUGUUCGGAGUGGGGCGGAUGGGGCAGGUCCACGUCAAACACCUGGUGGAGCAUUUAUUGGCUGAUAUUGUGUACUUGGUGGACGCCCCGGGGGAGAAGGACAGGGUGCAGAGGCUAAUCUGGACGUACCACCUGAUGGGAAAGACCCAGUAUGCGUCCAUCGAAGACGCGGACCGUGUAAUGGCUGAUGACAGGGUAAAAGCAGUUUUUGUGUGUACCCCAACCGAGCACCAUGAGCUGUUGAUAGAGAAAGCUCUCCACGCUGGUAAACAUGUGUUUACGGAGAAACCCGUGACCUUCUCGGUGGACAAAGCUCGCCAGUUUUAUCAGGAGGCUUCGGCGCGUGGAAUAAUUUUGUUCUGUGCCUUUAACAGACGGCACGAUCCUGGAGUGAAGAAAAUCAAGAAAUCUGUUAGUAACGGAGAAGUGGGCAAUCUUCUCAUGAUUAAAAUAUGUAACAGAGACCCGCCGUCAGUCUGCUCGGGGGCAUAUCUAGCCAAGUCAGGGGAUAUAUUCCACGACUCUACUGUCCACGGAUUUGACAUGGUUUCCUUCUUGACUAAUGAGAUGCCCCAGUCCCUUGUGGCGUUUGGUCAUGCGCAUGAAGCGUUUUACACAGAAAUUGAUGACGUAGACAGCGCUGCCGUAAUGCUGAAAUUCCCCAGCGGUUUAAUGGCUAUUCUAGAGAACAGCCGGAAAUCAGCGUACGGAUAUGACCAAAGGCUAGAGGUCGCUGGCACAAAGGGUGUAUUGAUAUUGGAGAACCCCGUGCCCUAUCAGGUACAAUCACGAACUCUUGACGGGACAACGGAGGAACCUACUCAUGUGGACAUUGUGAAGAGAUAUCACGAAAGCUACAAAGCAGAAGUUGGUCACUUUCUGGAGGGAGUUGUGGGCUUGCGCACGUGUGAGGACCCGGAUGGAAGCGGAGCUAUCCUCGCUCUCCGAUUGGCUGAUCUCUCCACUCAGUCGCUGAAAUCUGGACAAGUUAUGACCGUCUGAAUGGUCACCUGUACCCUGAAAAAAAAAACCUUCCUGUGA